AUGUGGCGAGCUGCAGUCGGACAGAAUGUCAACACCAACGUGGACGAUGGUGGAGACGACUGGGAGACCGACCCAGACUUUGAGAACGAUGUGUCGGAGAAGGAACAGCGCUGGGGAGCAAAGACAGUGGCAGGAUCCGGACACCAGGAGCAUAUCGAUAUCCACAGACUGCGUGAGACUGUUUCCACAGAACACACCAAACUGAAGGAGCAGGAGCUGGACCUGAUGCCCAAAGCCUCUCAUGGGUAUGGGGGCCGCUUCGGAGUGCAACAGGACCGCAUGGACAAGUCUGCUGUGGGUCACGAGUACCAGAGUAAACUGUCCAAACACUGCUCUCAGACCGACACGUCCAAAGGUUUCGGAGGGAAGUACGGCGUACAGAACGAUCGGGUUGACCAGUCAGCGGUGGGAUUCGAAUACGCUGGAAGAACAGAGAAACAUGCUUCACAGAAAGAUUACGCAGCUGGUUUCGGAGGCCGUUACGGUGUACAGAAAGACCGAGUGGAUCAGAGCGCCAUGGGAUUUGACUAUCAGGGGAAAACUGAGAAACACGACUCCCAAAAAGACUAUUCUAAAGGGUUCGGGGGGAAGUUUGGUGUGGAAACGGACAAAGUGGACAAGAGCGCAGUGGGCUUUGAGUAUCAGGGCAAAACAGAGCAACACGAGUCUCAGAAAGAUUAUGUGAAAGGAUUUGGGGGUAAGUUUGGCGUUCAGUCGGAUCGUCAAGACAAAUCUGCUCUGGGCUGGGAUCAUCAAGAGAAAACACAACUGCACGAGUCCCAGAAAGACUAUAAACGAGGGUUUGGAGGGCAGUACGGGGUCGAGCGUGGGAGACAAGACCCCUCCGCUCUGGGCUUUGAACACAAGGAGAAACUGUCCAAGCAUGAGUCUCAAACAGAUUAUUCUGUGGGAUUCGGAGGUAAAUUUGGAGUUCAGAAUGACCGCAUGGAUAAGAGCGCGGGGACUUUUGAGGAUCUGGAGAAACCUGCUCCUUCUUACCAGAAAACCAAACCUGUGGAAGCCAUGGGCAGCAGCGCGGGGAACAUCAAGGCUCGCUUUGAGAAUAUUGCUAAACAGAAGGAGGAGGAGGACCGAAGAAGAGCGGAGGAGGAGCGAGCCCGACGGGAGGCCAGAGAGCGCAGUGAGCAGGAGGAGCAGCGCAGGAUGGUCCAGCACGCCCCCAAAACUCCCUCUCCUGUCCCCCAGAGAGAAGCCUCCCCUGUCCCCCAGAGAGAAGCCUCCCCUGUCCCCCAGAGAGAGGCCUCCCCUGUCCCCCAGAGACAGCCCGAGACAGUAGAGGACAUGUAUCAGAACUUUAGCCAGGUGGAAGAAGCGUCUGGGGAGAACGGGCAGCAGAACAUAUAUGAGGAGACGCCCACUGAAGAAACCCCAGCUGCAGACACUCAGGCGUACGACUAUGGGGAUGACCUGGGGAUUACAGCUGUUGCACUGUACGACUAUCAGGCUGCCGGCGACGACGAGAUCUCCUUUGACCCCGACGACAUCAUCACAAACAUAGAGAUGAUCGACGAGGGCUGGUGGAGAGGCGUGUGCCGUGGCGCCUACGGCCUAUUCCCGGCCAACUAUGUGGAGGUGCGGCAGUGA